GAACUGAGAAGAAGAAGAAAGCAAACCGAACCUCACAUCUGUGACCAGUGUAACAAAUCCUACUCAACAUCUAGAACUUUAAAGAUUCAUCUGCGCAUUCACACUGGAGAGAAACCCUACAGCUGUGACCAGUGUGGGAAAACCUUUUCUAAGAAAAGCAUUCUUUCAUCUCAUCAGCGCAUUCACACUGGAGAGAAACCAUACAGAUGUGACCUGUGUGGGAAAACCUUUGCUCAGAAAUGGCACCUUUCAUCUCAUCAGAGCAUUCACACUAGAGAGAAACCACACAGCUGUGAUCAGUGUGGCACAACCUUUUCUAAGAAAAGUAGCCUUUCAUCUCAUCAGCGCAUUCACACUGGAGAGAAACCAUACAGCUGUGACCAAUGUGGGAAAACGUUUUCUCUAAAAGGUUACCUCAAAACCCACCAGCGAAUCCACACUGGAGAGAAACCACACAGCUGUGAAGAGUGUGGGAAAAGUUUCACUACAUCAAGUAAACUCACAGUCCAUCAACGUAUUCACACGGGAGAGAAACCAUACUGGUGUGAAGAGUGUGGAAAAACGUUCAUUUCAUCAGGUGAGCUCACAAUCCACCAUCGUAUUCACACAGGAGAGAAACCAUACUGGUGUGAAGAGUGUGGGAAAACGUUCACUACAUCAGGUGAUCUCAAAAAACAUAAUCGUUAUCACACAGGAGAGAAACCAUACUGCUGUGACCAGUGUGGAAAAACUUUCACUAUAUCAGGUGAUCUCAAAAAACAUCAUCGUAUUCACACAGGAGAGAAACCAUACAGGUGUCAAGAGUGUGGAAAAACCUUUUCUCAUGGUAGUAAUCUUAAAGCCCACAAACGCACUCACACUGCAGAGAAACCAUUUAGCUGUGACCAGUGUGGGAAAGCUUUCACAAGAUCUGAUCAUCUUAAAGUCCACCAGCGCACUCACUCUGCAUCCAUCUGAUCCUUUUCUGAGUCAAGCUAGCAUUCCUCCUGAUUUUCUCCAAAUGUAAAGCUGACCAACAGUGACUUUACCUUACAUUACAUUACAUUACAUGGCAUUUAGCUGACGCUUUUAUCCAAAGCGACUUACAAGAAGUACCUUCUAAUAAACAUGUUUUUUAUGGACAAUUUUAGUGUGUAACGAGUUCAGAAACGUUCUAACUAUUUUUUGUUGCCCAACAUUCAGUGAAUAUUUGUAUUUCUCAUUUAUUUUCUGUUGACAGAUCUGCUGUUUAAGUGGCUGUGACAGACCUCACCUUUACCUCACCUACCUCUAUUAAGCGUACCAUUAGUACAAACAUUUAAAUUGGCUAUAAUUUGGUUUGAUGGAAACGAUGCAUGUCUCAAUAAUGUCUUAUCAGACACGGCAUCUAUUGCACGUCUGUCCGUCCUGGGAGAGGGAUCCCUCCUCCGUUGAUCUCCCUGGGGUUUCUCCCAUUUUUCCCUUUAAACUGUGGGUUUUCUCCGGAGGUUUUUCCUUGUACGAUUUGAGGGUCUAAGGACAGAGGGUGUCGUAUUGUCAUACUGAUAUUCUGUACAAACUGUGAAGUCCACUGAGACAAAAGUAACAUUUGUGAUAUUGGGCUAUAUAAAUAAACAUUGAUUGAUUGAUUGAAACCAGACAUGUGAAACUAGACAGAACAUCCUGAACUAUUGAACUAUGCACAUUAUGCAUUCUAGAAGGUGCAAGCCAAGCAUAACAGUUCCAACCACAGUUAUAGGAAGGCGUUGUGGUUUUGACACCUUGACAACGGUUACAACGGUUGACAAAGGUAAUGAGCACAGGAUGCAGACGGACUACGUGAAGAUUUGAACCAACUUCUUGGUACUUUUUUGUAUUUACUUCAAGUGAUUUUCAAAACAUUAAGACACGUUAGAUAUGAGCAGUGAUAAAGUACAUUUGUGAUGUUCUUGUUUUGUUUGAACAAACAUUGUUCUAGUGAAACUCUGAUAUAAUAUCUCAUGUUCAUUAUUUGACUUCAUUGUGACGGCCGUUAGUUUUCUGUGUUCUCAGUAAAUGUGAUUCUUGCUACUGUAAUAAUCUGAGCUGUGAACUUAAAACUUGUUUUCUAUUUCCUCAUUAAACUUGUCAACAUAAA